UAGGUGUAGCUCUCUAUAUAUACAGGGGUAAUUGGUCUCUUGCUGGUGCUAAUUCCCAUGUUCCUCACCAUUCCGAUAGUUAGCCUUCGCUCAUUGGUUAAUGCAUAGAAGACUAUUCGAUAUUUGUUAGGAGUUGAAAAACACCUGACGUUUCUUGUCCUAUUGUUUGUUUCAUCUUCCCCUGUUCGUUUCUCUCUCUGCACUCAACACUUAUGGGAACUCAAGCUCCAACCGACUAUGUGCCCAACAGCAAAGUUGAUAAACUAAAAGCAAUGAAGAAGGCAAUUGACCAAUGGCUUCCCAUCACUUCGUCGAGGAAUGCAAAAUGGUGGUACUCAGCUUUCCACAAUGUCACUGCCAUGGUUGGUGCUGGUGUACUCAGCCUUCCUCUUGCUAUGUCAAAGCUUGGAUGGGGUCCUGGUGUAACAGUACUGGUGAUAUCAUGGAUAGUGACAUUAUACACCCUGUGGCAAAUGGUAGAGAUGCAUGAGGUAGUACCAGGGAAGCGUUUCGACAGAUACCAUGAGCUAGGUCAACAUGUAUUUGGUGAAAAACUCGGUCUCUGGAUCGUAGUGCCUCAACAGCUGGUUGUGGAAGUGGCCGUGGACAUAGUGUAUAUGGUCAUCGGAGGAGAAUCCCUCAAGAAAUUCCAUGAUUUAGUGUCCGAUAAGCCUUGCAAGGAUACCAAGGAUACCAAGGAUACCAAGCAUACAAGCUUCAUUAUGAUCUUUGCGUCUGUCCAUUUCGUGCUCUCCCAUCUUCCCACCUUCAACUCCAUUUCUGCUGUGUCUUUGGCUGCAGCAGUUAUGUCAUUGAGUUACUCUACCAUUGCUUGGACUACGUCUCUUGUGCAAGAAGAUGUGCAAUAUGGGUAUAAAGCAAACACGAGAGCAGAAACAGUUUUUGAUGGGUAUAAAGCAAAUACGAGAGCAGAAACAGUUUUUGACUUCUUUAGUGCAUUGGGUGCAGUGGCAUUUGCGUAUGCUGGGCACAAUGUGGUAUUGGAGAUUCAAGCAACAAUCCCUUCCACGCCUCAGAAGCCUUCCAAGGGACCCAUGUGGAGAGGAGUCGUCGUUGCCUACAUUGUGGUGGCCUUGUGUUACUUCCCUGUUGCUCUCAUCGGGUACUGGAUUUUCGGUAAUGGAGUCAAUGAAAAUAUACUCUUCUUAUUAGAGAGCCCUAAAUGGCUAAUUGCAAUGGCUAACCUCUUUGUUGUCAUUCAUGUCAUUGGAAGCUAUCAGAUUUAUGCCAUGCCAGUAUUCGACAUGAUAGAAACUGUGCUGGUCAAGAAAUUGAAUUUCUAUCCCAGUUUUAUGCUUCGCUUUAUUACACGAAAUGUAUAUGUGGCAUUAACAAUGUUUGUGGCCAUUACCUUCCCUUUCUUCGGAGGUCUUCUAGGAUUCUUUGGAGGAUUUGCAUUUGCCCCUACAACAUACUUUCUACCUUGCAUCAUGUGGCUUGCCAUCAAGAAACCAAGGAGAUUCAGCUUAUCUUGGAUUGCAAACUGGUUCUGCAUUAUACUGGGACUUGGGUUAAUGCUUGUAUCACCUCUUGGAGGUUUAAGAACAAUCAUAAUUAAAGCCGAUACCAAUGGAUUAUACUCUAUGAAUUCUAAUCUUUGUCCUUCAACACCAAGACGAGGCUAGGAAGUGGUUUGUGUUACAAGCAGCAGCAGCAGCAGCCAGAGAAAAAUUUGAAGAAUAUGGAGAAGAUGAUGGUCGGCCAUGGCAGAGUGAUUUCGUUGAAAUUUCUGGAAUAUUAAUAUAUAUGUGGCUUGUUUGUGGAGAUUGUAACUCUCUGGCCAUGGAACCAACCAAAAACAUUUCCUGGAGGUCUCUAUUGUUUUCUGUUUUUCUUUUUGCUCUUAUUAAAUGGUGUGCACAUCUAUAUAUAUAUAUAUAUAUGAAUAUCUCCCUUCAUGUCUAUUAAAUAUGUGUCCAAGGGGACCAUUAUAUUCUUUGAAAUUUAAAUUGCUGAGUCAAAUAUGAAAUUGCAACA